AGAACCUCUGGAAUGCAGUCGGCCUCCUGGACCGCGGCUCACGCCGGGCGGGGCGGGGAACACCGCUGAUCAAGGUCGGGGUUUUGUGAAAGUUAAGUGAGCUCAUUAAAGUGCGCACCAAGGAUGUGGAGCAGUACUAUCGCUCGCUGAACGACUCCACCGUCACCGUUAUCAUGAGCCCGUUUGUUAUAACCGGGGGCGAAAAGCCUGAAACUUCGGAGAACCGCGGUCAGCCCCCGGGUCUGGUCGCGGGAAAGUGGAAUUGAGGAGGGGUGGCCCGAGGGAGCCGGCAGCCAAUCCAGCGGUGGCGGGGAGGAAGAGGCGGAGCCAGGCGGCCCCGGGACUCCGCGCCGCGCGCUGCAGCCUGCUCGCAGCAGCCUCCUGCCCCGCGCAGACAUGGCCUCAGGUGCCGCCACCACCGCCGCCGUGAAGAUUGGAAUAAUUGGUGGAACAGGCCUGGAUGAUCCAGAAAUUUUAGAAGGAAGAACUGAAAAGUAUGUGGAUACUCCAUUUGGCAAGCCAUCCGAUGCCUUAAUUUUGGGGAAAAUAAAAAAUGUUGAUUGCGUCCUCCUUGCCAGGCAUGGGAGGCAGCACACCAUCAUGCCUUCCAAAGUCAACUACCAGGCAAACAUCUGGGCUUUGAAGGAGGAGGGUUGUACACAUGUCAUAGUGACCACAGCUUGUGGCUCCUUGAGGGAGGAGAUUCAGCCCGGCGAUAUCGUCAUUAUCGAUCAGUUCAUCGACAGGACCAUGACAAGGCCUCAGACCUUCUAUGAUGGAAGUCAUUCCUGUGCCAGAGGAGUAUGCCAUAUUCCAAUGGCUGAGCCAUUUUGCCCCAAAACAAGAGAGGUCCUCAUAGAGACUGCUAAGAAGCUAGGACUCCGGUGCCACUCAAAGGGGACAAUGGUCACAAUUGAAGGACCGCGAUUUAGCUCCCGGGCAGAAAGCUUCAUGUUCCGCACCUGGGGAGCGGAUGUUAUCAAUAUGACCACUGUUCCAGAGGUGGUUCUUGCCAAAGAGGCUGGAAUUUGCUAUGCAAGUAUUGCCAUGGCAACAGAUUAUGAUUGCUGGAAGGAGCACGAGGAAGCAGUUUCAGUGGACCGAGUCUUAAAGACCCUGAAAGAAAAUGCCAAUAAAGCCAAAAGUUUGCUCCUCACCACCAUACCUCAGAUAGGGUCCACAGAAUGGUCCGAAACCCUCCAUAACCUGAAGAAUAUGGCCCAGUUUUCUGUUUUAUUACCAAGACAUUAAAAUAGCACGCUGCCUAGAAAAAAGGUGACUUUCUAGUUCCUGUCGUCGUGGAAAUUGCUGCUUCACUUGGGAAAAAAAAAUUCCUGAGAAAGACAUGCAGCUUUCAUGCACUUGCCUGGGAGAGAAAAACACGUGUAGGAAAGAGAGUACACUGCAGAUGCUCAAGACUCCUCCUGGAAGACCUGGACUACUGCAAAACAUGGGAGCAAAAGCAAGUGCCCCGUCCACAUGUGGGUAAAAAUCGUACAUUUUAGAAUUAAACAAGAUAUUAUUCUUCCCUCCGCCUAUUAAAUUUGCCGCAGUAAAGGCCGGGAAGUAAUAACUGGUUUCCUAUGUUGCCAAAGACGGUGAAGAAGAAAUGGGACUCUGGCUACUUAUUGAUGUGACUGUAAAUUGGUGCAAUCUUUGGAGGGCAGUUUGGUAAAAUGUAUCAACAGGCUCAAAAAUAUAUAAGCAUUUUAUUUUGUGCAUUCUCUUAGGAAUUUCUCUUUGAGAAAUUAUCAUAUACAUAUAUAAAAAAGAAUUUUAAUAGGAUUAGUGAUAGCAGAUUUUCAAAACAAUAUGAAUAUCCAGCAGUUGGAGAUAAGUUGUGGUUUAACUGUGAAGCAGUCAACUGAAAAUCAUGUUUUCACAUAAUAUUUGAUAUCUAAAAGAAAUGACCAUUCUAUAAUAUAAAGUGAAAAACUAUGUAAGCAUUUUACAGUACUUGUUUUAAAAUGCCAUGUUAAUGUACAGAAAGACUAGAAGUAUACAAAAUCUUUUAUUGUAUUUGGGGGAGGAGAUACUGGGUAAUUUUUAUUUUCUUUGAAUCUUUCUGUAUCCUCACGGUUUCCUACAAUGAGUAUAAUCAAAUAAUAAAGUUGUAAAAAAUAAAAAUGCACUUAGUCCAAUUCUUAAAAACAUUGUUGAUGAUAAUAAAGUGAAAUUUAAGAUGGUAACAUUAAGAGGAGCGUUGUUUCAGGAAGUUACAUCUAUUCUUUUCAAAAAAGAGGAUCACUGAUGACUCUACAGUAAGAACAAUACUGGGGCUUGCAACAGCUUCCUGAGAAAGCUGUGUGUUUACUACUGAGGUCUAUAAGGUAAAAGUAUUUAAAAGAUUAAAUAUACACCUAGUGUAUCAGAUAUUUUUUAAAUUAUUUGAUUCUGUUUCUACUCCUUUUUAUGUGUUGAUGCAUUAUUUUACAUGAGUUGGCAAUUUUUGUUUCUUAAUAAAAAAGUGGAAGCUUGCCUCUUAUUUUUUUCAUUGUUAAUUGUAUAGGAAUGCUUCUUGUUUUUUUGUAAGUUUCCUAUCAUGAAAUCUUUCACCUCAGAAUUCUUUUUGCUAUGGUCUGUUACAACCUACUUUAGGAUCAGGUUAGAGGAUCUUUGUUUUAAAGACUCUGUGAAGUCAAGGUAUUUGUGACAUUCACUUUGGGGUACUAAGCUACUGAUUAUAAACAAUAAAAUCAGUUAAUCUCCAUCAUUAA